UGAUGAUUAAAACAAAAAAGAGGGUAAACUAAUACAUUAUGUUUGCUGCUAGCUGCUUCUUUUUCUUUAGAAUUCUUUCCUGAGGUUCUGAGAAUGAGAAUGCCUUGGGCACAUGCAAAGUUAAUGCACAUGUGCAUUCUUUGUUUAUAGUUGGCUAAGGAUUUUUCUCUAGCCUGAGGACACUAUUCACACAUUCAGAAGUGUGAAUAGGAUUUUCAGAUUAGUAAAGAUGAUUUUGAUCAGCAUAUCAUAAAAAUAUGCAAUAAUAUUAAAAUGUUUAUUUCACUUUGCUGAGACUCCCAUUCUGCUGUUUCCAUACAGGUGUCUUCACACAUCAAUUCCAUCAUGUACACAGUAUGCUUGAUCUGGUCUAAUUCUGAAUAUUACAACAUUCCAUCCCGGGUCAUUGUCAUUUUGCAGGAGAUUUGUAAUCUCUUCAUUGAAAUGACACGUAACUUUUUGAGUCCUGAGGAAGUGCUGAAAGGCUUGCAAGGCGAAAUUGAGGAGGUUUUGGCAGGAAUCAAGGUGGCCAUUGCUGUGAUUGAGAAACUCUACAAGACCUAUGACCUUUGUUCCACAGAUAUGAUGCCUUUUUUUUUUAAGGAUAAAGAACCUCAGUACUGGGAAUUUCCCUCUACUCUUGUCUUUACAAGAAUGAAUUUAUUUUUUCACAGACUGAAGACCAUAGAGGAACUUUAUAUGACUGCAAUUGAAUUUCUCAAAUUGGAGAAAAUUGAACUGGGUGGUGUGAGAGGCAACAUCCUAGGGAGUUUGGUGUUCCAAAUUUAUGAAGAGGUUCUUGAACAUGUGAAAGUUUUUGCAGAAUGCAAAUAUGAUCCCUUAGACCCAGCAGAUGAGCAAUUUGAUGAAGAUUAUGCAGAUUUUGAGAUCAAAAUCCAGGAUUUGGAUAGGCGUUUGGGCACCAUUUUCUAUCAAGGAUUUGUUGACUGUUCCAGUUUUGAAUCAGCUGUCAAGCAAAUCCAUAUGUUUUCAUCUCUAUUGGAACGACCAUUGAUCAAAGCAGAUGCCGCUCCCCAUUACGCUACACUUUUGGAGAUGUUCAAUGUUGAAUUGGACAAUGCAAAGAUUUUGUAUGAUGCCCAGAUAGCUGCUACUAAAACUGGAGAUCAUGUGCCUCCAAUUAGCAAAAAUAUGCCACCUGUUGCUGGGCAACUGAAAUGGGCUUUAGAACUCCAGGAACGAUUGCAGAUCCCAAGGAAAGAGUUGCAUGCCAUUGAUCAUCCGGUAAUGGUCAGUUCUGAAGCCAAACUGAUAUAUGGAAAGUACGAUGAGAUGAUACGUUUGCUGAAAGGUUACCGUGAAAGAAUUUAUGCAGAGUGGAUCGCCAGAGUUGACAGAGAAUGCCAGUUUAAUCUAGAACAACCACUGAUCCAAAGAGAUCCAGAAACAAGACUUAUUAGUGUCAACUUCAGCAAAGAGCUCAUAGCUGUUCUCCGUGAAGUCAAGUACCUGAACUUUCAGCAGCAAAAAGAAAUUCCAGACAGUGCUGGCAGCCUCUUCUCUCAGAACGAAACUUUGCAGAAGUUUGUGGACAACUUAGAUCUCAUUGUUGGCUGGUACAAUAAGAUCAAGAGAACAAUUUUGCCAGUAGAACUUCCUCUGGUCAAAACUGAGCUGGAAGAAAUUGAUGUUGGUCUACAGAAAGCUGAGACCAAUGUGUUUUGGAGUAAUGAAGGUGUUAUGGAUUAUAUUCAAGAGAUGAGAAAUGUUUUAUAUGAUUUAGAGACAAGAAUUCAAAAAACAAAAUUAAAUGUGGAGAAUAUCGGACAGCUUAUGCAAGAAUGGUCAGCUAGUCCUUUGUUUGAAAGGAAAGACAACAAAGAGACAGCUCUUCUUGAUCUAGAUGGAAGACAAACAAAUAUAAACAAACGCUAUGCAGCCAUCAAAGAUGCUGGGCAGAAGAUCCAGAGUAUGGUGGAGGAAAAUGCAGAGUUGUUCAAGGCUGACAAGACAACUGUAAUAUGGUCUCAUUAUGUAGAAUACAUAGAUGAAAUAAUCUUAGAUGGAUACUUUAAGUUUAUACGCAAAUCACUGCAGUUUCUACUCAGCAAUAUGGCAGCAGAUGCCAAUGUUGCCCCCUUAUUUGAAGUACGGAUGGAGUUGUAUAAAGAUGACUUAAGGUAUCGUCCAUCGCUGGAAGUGGGAGCAGAACACGGUUUUUUGGAAAUGGUAGAAAACUUAAUGAAUGAUAUCUACGAUACAGCAAAGCUUAUACCCCGACUGGCUGAAGGGAAACUUAGCUAUAAGACUGACUUGGAAGAUAUGGGAGAACUAAUAGAGAUGCGGGAGGAAGUGGCAAACAUUGUGGUGAAUGCCAUGAAGCAGGGCGAGGAAUAUCAAGACUCCUUUGAAAAAUACUCCUACCUUUGGAUGGAUGAUCCCCAGGAAUUCAUGCAGCGCUUCCUCACUUUUGGCCAUGCUCUCACACAGGAGGAGCUUGAAUCUCACGCGGAAGAGUAUUUGCCACAUGUUGCACCCACUCUUGAGCAAUUCCAGCUACAGAUUGAUACGUAUGAAAAACUGUAUGAAGAAGUGUCCAAGUUUGAUAAUACCAAAGUGUUCAAUGGUUGGCUGCAAAGUGACUGUCGGCCCUUCAAGCAAGCACUCCUGAACACUAUCAAACGCUGGAGCUUAAUGUUCAAGCAGCACCUCAUCAAUCAUGUCACUAAUAGCCUUCAAGAGCUUGCUACUUUCAUGAAAGAGGCAAAUGCAGGCUUAACUAAACCAGUAAAAGAAGGUGACUACGAUGGGCUUGUUGAAGUGAUGGCACACUUGAUGAAAGUCAAAGAGAGACAAGUAGCUACUGACAAUAUGUUUGAGCCCCUAAAGCAGACUAUUGAAUUACUAAAAUUGUAUGGAGAAGAAAUGCCUGAAGAGAUCCAUAUGCAGUUGCAUGACUUGCCAGAACAAUGGAACAACACCAAAAAGUUGUCCUUCCAAGUCAAACAAAAUGUGGCUCCUCUGCAAGCCAGUGAAGUCACAAUCAUCCGAAGGAAAUGCCAACAAUUUGAGCUUAAACAACAUGAGUUCAGAGAGAAAUUCCGAAUCGAUGCACCUUUCACUUUUGUUGAUCCAGACCCAUAUAAAUCCUUAAGCAAGCAACAAAAAAUGAUUACUGUUAUGGAGAAAGAGAUGGAAGCCCUAUCCAAAUCUGCAAGCUUGUUUGAAGUAUCUGUUCCAGACUACAAGCAGCUGAAAGCAUGCCAUAAGGAAGUGCGCUUGCUCAAGGAGCUCUGGGACAUGAUUGUCUUGGUAAAUGAAAGCAUUAAUGAUUGGAAAACAACCAAGUGGAAAGAGAUUAAUGUUGAACAAAUGGAUCUUGAUUGCAAAAAAUUCGCUAAGGAUGUGAGAACUUUGGACAAGGAAAUGAGACCGUGGGAUGCUUUUAUAGGACUGGAUAAUACAGUUAAAAACAUGAUCACAUCUCUUCGAGCUGUGAGUGAUCUCCAAAAUCCAGCUAUCCGAGAUAGACAUUGGAAAGAACUCAUGCAGGCCACUCAGGUGAGGUUUACCAUGUCUGAUGAAACAACACUGGCAGAUCUGCUUCAGCUGAAUCUUCACAAGUUUGAAGAUGAGGUUCGCAGCAUUGUAGACAAGGCGGUGAAAGAAUCUGGGAUGGAAAAGGUGUUGAAGGCUCUUGACAGUACCUGGUCAACUAUGCAGUUUGAACAUGAGCCUCACCACAGGACGGGAACAAUGAUGCUGAAGGCAGACGAAGCACUAGUAGAAACCCUUGAAGAGAACCAAGUGCAGCUCCAGACUCUGAUGACUUCUAAGUAUCUGGCCCACUUCCUACAGGAGGUCUCCGGCUGGCAGCAGAAAUUAUCCACUGCUGACUCUGUGAUAUCCAUUUGGUUUGAAGUCCAGAGAACCUGGAGUCACCUGGAGAGCAUUUUCAUUGGCUCAGAAGACAUUCGAAACCAGCUUCCUGAGGACUCAAGGCGUUUUGAUGUCAUUGACAAAGAUUUUAAAGAAUUAAUGGCUGAUGCAGUAAAAACUCCAAAUGUGGUUGAGGCAACAAAUAAACCAGGUCUCUAUGACAAGCUAGAGGCCUUGCAGCAAAGUUUGGCACUCUGUGAAAAAGCUCUGGCUGAAUAUUUGGAAACCAAGAGACUGGCUUUCCCUCGAUUUUAUUUUGUAUCUUCUGCUGAUCUGCUGGAUAUUUUGUCCAAUGGUAAUGACCCUGUUGAGGUCUCCCGCCAUUUGUCCAAAUUAUUUGAUAGCAUGGCAAAGCUGAAAUUCAAACUAGAUGCGGAAGAAAAGCCUCUGAAGAUUGGCGUGGGAAUGUACAGCAAAGAAGAUGAGUAUGUUGAUUUUGACAAGGACUGUGACUGCUCUGGACAGGUUGAAGUUUGGUUAAACCGAGUGUUGGAGAGAAUGCAGAAUACCUUGCGCCAACUAAUAGCUGAAGCUGUAGUGACUUACGAGGAAAAGCCGAGAGAACAAUGGAUAUUUGAUUACCCAGCCCAGAUUGCUUUAACAUGUACCCAGAUCUGGUGGACUACGGAAGUUGGCAUUGCCUUUUCACGACUGGAAGAAGGCUAUGAAAAUGCAAUUAAAGAUUACAAUAAGAAACAGAUUAACCAGCUGAACACCUUAAUUACACUGCUGAUUGGGAACUUAUCUCCAGGGGACAGAAUGAAGAUUAUGACCAUUUGUACUAUUGAUGUGCAUGCCAGAGACGUCAUUGCCAAAAUGAUUUUAGCAAAGGUGGAGAGCUCUCAGGCCUUUACGUGGCAGUCCCAACUUAGGCACCGUUGGGAUGAAGAAAAGAGGCACUGCUUUGCUAAUAUCUGUGAUGCUCAACUCCAGUAUUCCUAUGAAUACCUUGGCAACACUCCUCGUCUGGUGAUCACCCCGCUUACUGACCGUUGCUAUAUCACCCUGACCCAGUCCCUCCACUUAAUCAUGGGAGGAGCCCCUGCAGGUCCUGCGGGAACAGGAAAAACCGAGACCACCAAAGACUUGGGCAGGGCUGUAGGCAUCAUGGUGUAUGUCUUCAACUGCUCUGAGCAAAUGGACUAUAAGUCCUGUGGAAAUAUCUACAAAGGGCUGGCCCAAACCGGGGCCUGGGGAUGUUUUGAUGAAUUCAAUCGGAUUUCGGUAGAGGUCCUGUCAGUAAUUGCGGUACAGGUUAAAUGUGUUCAAGAUGCUAUUCGAGCCAAGAAGAAGACAUUCAAUUUCCUUGGAGAGAUGAUCUCUCUGAUUCCCACUGUUGGAAUGUUUAUUACCAUGAAUCCUGGGUAUGCAGGUCGUACUGAACUGCCUGAAAAUCUGAAAGCGUUAUUCAGGCCCUGUGCCAUGGUUGUGCCUGAUUUUGAGCUUAUCUGUGAAAUCAUGCUUGUUGCUGAAGGUUUUAUUGAAGCUAGGCUUCUGGCCAGGAAAUUUAUUACGCUCUACACACUAUGUAAGGAGCUACUUUCCAAGCAGGAUCACUACGACUGGGGGUUGAGAGCUAUCAAGUCUGUGCUAGUGGUGGCAGGGUCCCUGAAGAGAGGGGACCCAGGCCGGGCUGAAGACCAGGUCCUCAUGAGAGCUUUGCGAGACUUUAACAUACCCAAGAUUGUGACUGAUGACUUACCUGUGUUCAUGGGACUCAUUGGGGACCUUUUCCCAGCCCUGGAUGUACCCCGGAAGCGUGACCUGAACUUUGAGAAGAUUAUCAAACAAGCUGUUGUUGAACUUCGUCUGCAACCCGAGGAGAGUUUUGUUUUGAAGGUGGUGCAGCUAGAGGAACUACUGCAAGUCCGACAUUCGGUGUUCGUGAUUGGAAAUGCCGGCUCUGGCAAGUCACAGGUAUUAAAAUCUCUGAAUAAAACUUAUCAGCUCAUGAAGAGAAAGCCUGUAGCUGUUGACCUUGAUCCUAAAGCUGUGACUUGUGAUGAGCUAUUUGGUAUAAUUAAUCCAGCAACAAGAGAAUGGAAAGAUGGUUUAUUUUCAACUAUAAUGCGAGAUCUAGCUAAUAUAACUCAUCGCGGACCUAAAUGGAUUGUUCUAGAUGGAGAUAUUGAUCCUAUGUGGAUUGAAUCUUUGAAUACCGUGAUGGAUGACAACAAGGUGCUGACCUUAGCCAGCAAUGAGCGAAUCCCACUAAACCCCACCAUGAGGCUUGUGUUUGAAAUCAGUCACCUAAGAACAGCAACACCUGCCACAGUGUCUCGAGCAGGAAUCUUGUAUAUCAAUCCUGCUGACCUGGGCUGGAAUCCGAUAGUGAGCAGUUGGAUUGAGCGCCGAGAAGUGCAAUCAGAAAAAGCUAACCUGAUGAUCUUGUUUGAUAAAUACCUACCUACCUGCUUGGACAAACUGAAAUUUGGAUUCAAGAAGAUAACCCCUGUUCCUGAAGUGACCGUGGUGCAAAUGAUUCUCUAUUUACUGGAAUGCCUCUUGACCCCAACCAACACACCUCCAGAUUCUCCCAAAGAGCUAUACGAACUCUAUUUUGUGUUUUCUUGUUUCUGGGCGUUCGGAGGAGCAAUGUUCCAAGAUCAGCUUGUGGAUUAUCGUGUGGAAUUUAGUAAGUGGUGGGUGAAUGAAUUUAAAACAAUAAAAUUCCCAUCUCAGGGAACAAUUUUUGACUACUAUAUUGACCCAGAAUCAAAGAAAUUCAUGCCGUGGACUGAUAAAGUGCCACAAUUUGAAUUGGAUCCAGAUGUCCCAUUGCAGGCUUCAAUGGUCCACACAACAGAAACCAUCCGGAUUCGUUACUUCAUGGACUUACUAAUGGAGAAAAAAUGGCCAGUGAUGUUAGUUGGGAAUGCAGGCACUGGAAAGUCAGUGCUGAUGGGGGAUAAGCUGGAUACCCUGAACCUGGAUGAUUUUAUGGUGCAAGCUGUUCCCUUUAACUUCUACACAACUUCAGCUAUGCUGCAGGCUAUUCUGGAGAAGCCUCUGGAGAAGAAAUCAGGACGUAAUUUUGGCCCCCCUGGUACCAAGAAGCUGAUUUACUUCAUAGACGAUAUGAACAUGCCAGAAGUUGACAAAUAUGGCACUGUGGCUCCUCACACCUUGAUCCGGCAGCACAUGGAUCAUGGGCAUUGGUAUGACAGAAACAAACUAACCUUAAAGGAUAUUCACAACUGCCAGUAUGUUGCCUGUAUGAACCCAACUUCUGGAUCCUUCACUAUUGAUUCCAGGCUUCAGAGACACUUCUGUGUAUUUGCGGUGAGUUUCCCAGGUCAGGAUGCCCUAAUGACCAUCUACAGUACUAUCUUAGGUCAGCACUUGGCUGUUCGGAAUGUUUCAAUGGUCGUCCAGAAGGUCAAUCAGCACCUUGUUUCUGCAGCUCUGGGUUUACAUCAAAAAAUUACAUCAACAUUUCUUCCUACGGCCAUAAAAUUUCACUACGUUUUCAAUCUCCGGGAUCUCUCAAAUAUAUUCCAGGGACUCCUGUUCUCCACUCACGAGUGCCUCAAAAUACCAUCAGACCUGGUCCGGCUCUGGCUGCAUGAAGCAGAGAGGGUUUACUAUGACAAACUUGUGGAAGACAAAGAUCAAGAGACUUAUAUUAGGGUCAUGACAGCAAAUUGCAAGAAAUUCUUUGAGGAUCUGGGUGAAAAUAUUAUCUUUGCAAAGCCCAACAUUUUUUGCCACUUUGCUCAAGGCAUUGGAGAUCCAAAGUAUUUGCCUGUUUCCAAUGUACAGAGUUUGAAUAAGCUGCUUGUGGAAGCCUUGGAUAGCUACAACGAGGUCAAUGCAGUGAUGAAUUUGGUGCUGUUUGAAGAUGCUGUGUCCCAUGUCUGUAGGAUCAAUCGCAUCCUAGAGUCUCCCAGAGGCAAUGCUUUACUCGUGGGGGUUGGAGGCAGUGGCAAGCAAAGUCUAUCUCGGCUGGCAGCCUAUAUUAGCUCCCUGGAUGUCUUUCAGAUCACUCUGAAGAAGGGCUACGGCAUUCCAGACCUCAAGGCUGAUCUGGCUGCCCAGUACAUCAAAUCUGCUGUGAAGAAUACCCCUACCGUUUUUCUUAUGACAGACUCACAGGUUGCUGAAGAGCAGUUUUUGGUUUUGAUCAAUGAUCUCUUGGCAUCUGGCGAGAUUCCAGGGCUAUUUCAGGAUGAUGAAGUAGAAAAUAUUAUUAGCUCCAUGAGGCCUCAGGUAAAAUCUAUGGGCUUGCAGGAUACUCGUGAAAACUCCUGGAAAUUCUUCAUCGACAAAGUCCGAAAACAAUUAAAGGUAAUCCUGUGUUUCUCUCCUGUGGGAUCUACUCUCCGCGUGAGGGCCAGAAAAUUCCCUGCUGUAGUAAACUGCACAGCUAUUGAUUGGUUCCACGAAUGGCCUGAAGAUGCCUUGGUGUCCGUCAGUGGAAGAUUCCUAGAGGAGAUUGAAGGGAUUGAGCCUGGAGUUAAAACCUCCAUCAGCCUGUUUAUGUCCUUCGUCCAUACAACCGUCAAUGAAAUGUCCAAGACCUACCUGGCCACUGAAAGGCGUUAUAAUUAUACCACCCCGAAGACCUUCCUGGAACAGAUCAAACUUUACCAGAACCUCCUAGCCAAAAAAAGAAAAGAACUGAUUGCUAAAAUUGAGAGGCUGGAGAAUGGCUUAAUGAAACUCCAAAGUACAGCUUCACAGGUUGAUGAUCUGAAAGCCAAACUCGCUGUUCAGGAGCUGGAGCUUAAGCACAAGAAUGAAGAUGCUGACAAACUGAUUCAUGUGGUUGGAGUUGAAACAGAGAAAGUGAGCAGGGAAAAAGCAAUUGCUGAUGAAGAGGAACUCAAAGUGCAAGUCAUUAACUUGAAUGUAUCAGAAAAGCAAAGAGCUUGCGAAACUGAUUUGGCUAAAGCUGAACCAGCACUGCUUGCUGCUCAGGAAGCUCUAGACACUCUCAAUAAGAACAACCUGACAGAGCUGAAGUCUUUUGGAUCCCCUCCAGAAGCAGUGGUUAAUGUAACAGCAGCAGUUUUGAUUCUGACUGCUCCAGGUGGCAAGAUACCAAAAGACAGAAGUUGGAAAGCAGCAAAAUCCAUGAUGGGCAAAGUAGAUGCUUUCCUGGAUGCCCUGAAGAAAUAUGACAAAGAACACAUUCCAGAACCUUGCUUGAAAGCUUUUAAACCAUUUCAGAAUGAUCCAACAUUUGAUCCUGAGUUUAUACUCUCCAAGUCCACAGCUGCAUCUGGUUUAUGUUCUUGGUGCUUAAACAUUGUUCGUUUCUAUGAAGUCUACUGUGAUGUGGCACCUAAGCGGCAGGCCUUGGAAGAGGCUAAUGCCGAACUGGCAGAGGCAAAAGCCAAACUCAUGACGAUUAAAAACAAGAUUGCAGAUCUAAAUGCCAAUUUAGCCAAUCUGACUGCUGAAUUUGAAAAGGCCACAGCUGCGAAAAUCAAAUGCCAACAAGAGGCUGAUGCAACGAACAGAGUAAUUUCGUUGGCUAACAGGCUUGUUGGUGGAUUAGCAUCUGAAAAUGUGCGUUGGGCUGAAUCGGUGGAAAAUUUCAGCGAACAGGGAAAGACUCUGUGCGGGGAUGUGCUACUGAUUACUGCAUUUGUUUCCUAUGUUGGGUAUUUUAUCAAAAAGUAUAGGAGCGAGUUACUGGACAAGUUCUGGACUCCUUACUUAAAGCAGUUGAAGGUACCAAUCCCUAUUACUUCUGGCCUGGAUCCUUUAUCCCUGUUAACAGAUGAUGCAGAUAUAGCAACCUGGAACAACCAGGGGCUCCCCAGCGACCGUAUGUCAACAGAAAAUGCAACAAUUCUAUGCAACACAGAACGUUGGCCACUCAUUGUGGAUGCACAGCUUCAAGGGAUCAAAUGGAUCAAGAACAAACAUGGACGAGAGCUGAAAGCCAUCCGGCUUGGACAGAAAAGCUACCUAGAUAUCAUUGAAAAAGCGAUUUCUGACGGAGACACGCUGCUUAUUGAAAAUAUUGGAGAGACAGUAGAACCUGUGCUGGAUCCUCUGCUAGGCCGAAACACAAUCAAGAAAGGAAGAUACAUUAAAAUAGGAGACAAGGAAGUAGAGUACCACCCCAACUUUCGCCUGAUUCUGCACACCAAGUACUUCAAUCCCCACUAUAAGCCAGAGAUGCAGGCUCAGUGCACGUUGAUCAACUUUUUGGUUACCAGGGAUGGCUUGGAAGACCAGCUUUUAGCUGCUGUGGUUGCUAAGGAAAGACCUGACUUAGAGGAACUGAAGGCUACUCUCACAAAACAACAGAAUGAAUUUAAGAUCAUCCUGAAGGAACUAGAGGACUCCUUACUAGCCAGACUCUCUGCUGCAUCAGGAAACUUCUUAGGAGAUACAGCCUUGGUAGAAAACCUAGAGACCACAAAGCGCACAGCAAAUGAAAUAGAACAAAAAGUGAAAGAGGCUAAAGUUACUGAAAUACAAAUUAAUGAAGCCAGAGAGAACUACAGGCCAGCAGCAGAAAGGGCAUCCCUGGUGUAUUUUAUAUUAAAUGACCUGAACAAAAUCAACCCCAUCUAUCAGUUCUCCCUGAAGGCUUUCAACGUCGUGUUCGAGAAAGCCAUUCAGCGUACAGCUCCAGCAGAAGAUGUGAAACACAGGGUGAUCAACCUUACAGAUGAGAUCACCUAUUCAGUUUUCAUGUACACAGCUCGGGGUCUGUUUGAGAGAGACAAGCUUAUUUUUCUAGCCCAGGUUGCCUUUCAGGUCUUGCUGGUAAAAAAAGAAGUGAAUCCAGUGGAACUAGACUUUCUUCUACGUUUUCCCUUUAAAGCUGGCUUGACAUCUCCAGUAGAGUUCUUAUUAGGUCAAGGAUGGGGUGGAAUUAAGGUACUUUCUGAAAUGGACGAAUUCAAAAACCUGGACAGUGAUAUUGAAGGCUCCGCUAAGCGAUGGAAAAAAUUUGUGGAAUCAGAGACCCCUGAAAAGGAAGUUUUCCCGAAGGAAUGGAAGAAUAAGACAGCCCUACAAAAGCUGUGCAUGAUGCGAUGCAUGAGGCCAGACCGCAUGACCUAUGCAGUCAAAAACUUUGUGGAAGAGAAGAUGGGGAGUAAAUUUGUUGAAGGACGAAGUGUUGAAUUCUCAAAAUCCUAUGAAGAAAGCAGUCCAUCCACACCAAUAUUUUUCAUUCUUUCUCCUGGAGUGGAUCCACUGAAGGAUGUUGAAGCCCUAGGUCAGAAGCUUGGCUUUGCCAUAGACAAUGGGAAAAUCCAUAAUGUGUCCCUGGGACAAGGGCAAGAGGUUGUGGCCGAACACGCUCUGGAUGUGGCUGCAGUAGAGGGACAUUGGGUCAUUCUUCAGAAUAUACAUCUGGUAGCCAAGUGGCUGAACAUACUGGACAAGAAAGUUGAACGCUACAGCAUUGGAAGUCACAACGAUUACCGCGUAUUUAUGAGUGCUGAACCUGCUCCUUCUCCAGACUCUCACAUUAUUCCUCAGGGCCUGCUAGAAAAUGCCAUUAAAAUCACAAAUGAGCCUCCAACUGGCAUGCAUGCCAACUUACACAAAGCCCUCGACCUCUUUACACAGGAUACCCUGGAAAUGUGCACCAAGGAAAUUGAGUUUAAGUGUAUUCUCUUUGCCCUCUGCUACUUCCACGCAGUGGUAGCAGAACGGAGGAAAUUUGGAGCACAAGGUUGGAACAGGUCUUACCCCUUUAACAAUGGAGAUCUCACCAUUUCCAUCAAUGUCCUGUAUAAUUACCUGGAAGCCAACGUGAGGGUGCCGUGGGAUGAUUUACGGUAUCUCUUUGGUGAAAUCAUGUAUGGAGGACAUAUUACGGAUGACUGGGACCGCAGAUUGUGUCGGACCUACCUCGGUGAAUACAUCCGCAUGGAAAUGUUGGAAGGCGAAAUGUUUCUGGCUCCAGGAUUCCUCAUUCCACCCAAUAGUGAUUACAAGGGCUAUCAUGAGUAUAUUGAUGAAAAUCUACCACCUGAGAGUCCUUAUCUGUAUGGGCUCCAUCCGAAUGCAGAGAUUGGUUUCCUCACUGUAACCUCAGAGAAACUUUUCCGCACCGUGCUGGAAAUGCAACCCAAAGAAUCUGAUUCCGGAGGAGGAACUGGUGUGUCCCGUGAAGAAAAGGUAAAAACAGUGCUAGAUGAGAUCCUGGAUCGUCUUCCAGAGCCCUUCAACAUGAUUGAAAUUAUGGCAAAAGCAGCUGAGAAAACACCAUAUGUGGUCGUUGCUUUCCAGGAAUGUGAACGUAUGAACAUCCUCACCAGUGAAAUCAGACGCUCUUUGAAAGAACUGAACUUGGGACUGAAGGGCGAGUUGACAAUAACAACAGACAUGGAGGAAUUAUCCAAUGCUCUUUUUUAUGACAAUGUACCCGAAUCCUGGACAAAACGUGCUUACCCAUCUUUACUUAGUUUAGCAGCCUGGUAUGCAGAUCUACUGCUCCGGAUCAGGGAGCUGGAGGCUUGGACCACAGAUUUUGCCCUGCCUACAACUGUGUGGCUAGCAGGCUUCUUCAAUCCUCAGUCUUUUCUGACUGCCAUUAUGCAGUCCAUGGCUAGGAAGAACGAAUGGCCUCUUGACAGAAUGUGUCUCUCAGUGGAAGUUACCAAGAAAAACCGAGAAGAUAUGACAGCUCCACCUCGAGAAGGUUCCUAUGUUCAUGGGCUCUUCAUGGAAGGUGCACGCUGGGAUACUCAGACCGGGGUCAUCAGUGAUGCACGCCUGAAGGAGCUGACGCCUUCGAUGCCAGUCAUUUUCAUCAAGGCCAUCCCUGUGGAUCGCAUGGAUAUCAAGAACAUGUAUGAGUGUCCUGUGUACAAGACACGCACAAGAGGCCCCACCUAUGUCUGGACUUUUAACCUGAAAACAAAAGAGAAGCCGGCUAAGUGGAUUCUUGCUGGAGUUGCUUUACUCUUACAAAUUUAAUGUCUGACAGAGUUUUGUCCACUCC